AUGGGACUGUAUGUUGAGGUAUUCAUGCUGUACAGUACGUACAUCCUUUUGUUUUCUCUUUUCAAUUCUUCAGAAGACAGGGUGAUCGUUGGAAGAGGAGCAAUGGGCUUCCUUGAGUCUAUUGAGGUCUUUAUUGUCCACAAGUUCGGGUGUCUUAUUCCGUACACUUUGGUCUGCGCGCAAAUACUCAAUAACCCUUCGCUGAUGGGCGUAUUUGCUGUGCUCUGCGAGAUGGUUGUGUACAUCAUCAUCAAAGACUCCGUUAUUGUCUACAUCAAGGAUCUCAAGAUAUUCACGUCCUCUUGUGUCCGCCUUCCUUUAAAUCCAUCCGGCCACACUUUCAUGUUUCUGAAUGGGAUUUACAUUCUCUGCCCCAUUCUGUACAACGACUUUCUGUCGAAUAGAAAAAUCCUUUCGUGCCUCUCGGGCAUGGUUAUAUACGAGUACAACAGAUUGCUUAUAUCCACCAUCACAUACUACCACACGUUCUUAGAUGUGGCGCUCGGAGUAAUAGCCUUCCUUCUCUUCAGGGCGCUAGUCAACCCAGUGCGCAGUGUCUACGGAAAGAGUGCGUACACAAACGAGUGGGGAGUGCAGCAGUGUUUCUUUGCGUGUAUUUUUGUUUUUACGCUCGUUGUCAUCUCCAGAGAGCUGCUGUAG